AUGUCAUCUUCUGCUAUAUUCAUCCUGGAUCUCAAAGGCAAAACUGUCAUAGCCCGAAACUACAGAGGAGAUGUUGAUAUGGGGGUUAUUGAUAAGUUUAUGCCAUUGUUGAUGGACAUGGAAGAGGAUGGACAAAUGUCACCAGUAAUAACACAUCAAGAUUCUACUUUUGUCUUCAUAAAGCAAAACAAUGUUUAUUUGGUUUCUAUAAGCCAAAAGAACGUUAAUGUUGCUCUUGUUCUAACAUUUCUCUACAAGUGUGUUGAAGUAUUCACCGAAUAUUUCAAAGAUGUGGAAGAGGAAUCAAUUCGUGAUAACUUUGUGAUUAUCUAUGAAUUGCUCGAUGAAAUGAUGGAUUUUGGUUUCCCACAGACCACUGAAAGCAGAAUUCUUCAAGAGUACAUAACUCAAGAAGGUUUUAAACUAGAAGCUGCUCCUCGACCACCUAUGGCGGUAACAAAUGCUGUGUCUUGGAGAUCAGAAGGCAUUAAAUAUCGAAAAAAUGAAGUCUUUCUUGAUGUCGUAGAGAGCGUUAACAUGCUGGCUAAUGCUAACGGUUCUGUCCUUCAAAGUGAAAUUUGCGGCAGCGUUAAGAUGAGAGUCUAUCUCACAGGAAUGCCUGAACUUCGCUUGGGUUUGAACGAUAAGGUUCUAUUUGAAGGAAGCGGAAGAGGUAAAAGCAAGUCUGUUGAGCUUGAGGAUGUCAAAUUCCAUCAGUGUGUCCGCCUUUCGCGUUUCGACAAUGAUAGAACGAUUUCGUUUAUUCCACCGGAUGGAGCUUUUGAACUUAUGAGUUAUAGACUGACAACUGUUGUCAAACCACUGAUAUGGAUCGAAACACAUGUUGAAAGACAUAGUCAUUCUCGUGUAGAGUUUAUGAUUAAAGCAAAAUCACAAUUUAAACGUCGAUCAACUGCUAACAAUGUUGAGAUCAUUAUUCCUGUACCAUCAGAUGCUGAUUCUCCUAAGUUCAAAACAAGCAUCGGCUCAGUGAAGUAUACCCCUGAGAAGAGUGCCUUCGUCUGGACAAUCAAAAGUUUCCCUGGAGGAAAAGAGUAUUUACUAAGUGCUCGUUUUUCGCUUCCUUCUGUUGUAUCCGAGGAGGCAGAAGGUCGCCCACCAAUCAAAGUUAAAUUUGAGAUUCCUUAUUUCACAACUUCAGGAAUACAGGUUCGUUACUUGAAAAUCAUAGAGAAGACUGGUUAUCAAGCAUUACCUUGGGUGCGUUACAUUACUCAAAAUGGUGAAUAUCAAUUGAGAAUGAAGUAG